GUUCGCCGCCGAAAAGGAAAGAAAGAAGAAGACGGGAUUCUCGUCAACUGAGAGCUGUCUGUCUGUUUUUCUCUCUCUAGACUCCAUCAACUUCAUCUCUGGAGCAUGAGGAAUUCUCUCUGUAGACGAACCCUACCCCUCCUGAAGCAACUAUGCCGUCCUCUCCUAGAUUCAUCAUCUAGGUCAAGCACCAUCCGGAACGUCACCUACAUGCCUCGACCAGGUGACGGCACUCCAAGGCCGGUAACCCUAAUUCCCGGCGACGGAAUCGGCCCUCUCGUAACCGGCGCAGUUGAGCAGGUGAUGGAAGCGAUGCACGCACCUGUUUACUUCGAACGCUACGAUAUUCAUGGUGAUAUGAAGAGCGUUCCGACAGAGGUAAUCGAUUCGAUCCGCAAGAACAAGGUAUGUUUAAAGGGAGGUCUAAUUACUCCAGUUGGAGGUGGUGUUAGUUCACUUAAUAUGCAAUUGAGGAAGGAACUUGAUCUGUAUGCUUCCCUUGUUCACUGUUUUAAUCUUCCUGGUUUGCCUACUCGUCAUGAGAAUGUUGACAUUGUUGUGAUUAGAGAGAAUACUGAAGGAGAGUAUUCAGGAUUAGAACAUGAGGUUGUUCCUGGAGUUGUAGAAAGCCUAAAGGUGAUAACAAAGUUCUGCUCAGAAAGGAUUGCAAAGUAUGCGUUUGAGUAUGCAUACUUGAACAACAGGAAGAAAGUAACAGCAGUUCAUAAAGCAAACAUUAUGAAACUUGCUGAUGGACUGUUUCUAGAAUCAUGUAGAGAGGUUGCAAGCAAGUAUCCAAGUAUUCACUAUGAUGAGAUUAUUGUCGAUAACUGUUGUAUGCAACUUGUUUCAAAACCCGAGCAAUUUGAUGUUAUGGUGACUCCGAAUCUGUAUGGGAAUCUAGUUGCGAAUACCGCGGCUGGAAUUGCUGGAGGGACUGGUGUGAUGCCGGGAGGGAAUGUUGGAAGUGAUCAUGCUGUAUUCGAACAAGGUGCGUCUGCUGGAAAUGUGGGAAACUUGAAGGUUUUAGAACAGAAGAAGGCUAAUCCUGUUGCAUUGCUUCUGUCAUCGGCUAUGAUGUUAAGACAUCUUCAGUUUCCUUCGUUUGCGGAUAGACUUGAAACUGCAGUGAAGACUGUGAUCAAAGAGGGCAAAUAUCGAACCAAGGAUCUUGGCGGAGUCAGCACUACUCAAGAGGUUGUUGAUGCUGUCAUUGCUAAUCUCGAUUGAAUUUGAGGCACUAAACUAAGUCAUCAUAUUUUUAUACUGUCGUGUCAAUAAAUACAUCAUUGGUUAAGGCAAUUGAUUUGGCGUUUUUUUAUAUCAUAUUCUUGUUUAAUAACUUCCCCAAGUUAAUUUGUGUCUUGGGAAGAAACACUUCUAGCUUUUGAAGAUGAGUAUUUAACAUAGCAGGAUUGCUUCUUUGCUUGGUUGAUUGUUU